CCAGCCGGAAGUGGUGCGCCCCCUCCCGGGUGGAAAAUGCUGCGCCAUCAUCAGCGUCUUCAUCGGAGAAGAGCCGACAUUACCAUAACAGUGAUUUAUUCGAUCGCUCGAUGGCCGGUGAAAACUGGCAACACUGCGGUGCUAGCUGCCCCAGCGGUCGUCGGCGACUAAUGGCCCAAGUGAUUAGCCGUAAUUGGGAGCAAAAUUGAGCGGAGUGUGUCUGCAGAGGGGUUAUGUUUGGGUUUUAAGAACGGGGAGAGAAGAAGGGAAGGAGAAGGAGUCCCGAGGGUCAUCCCCAAUGAUGACUACGAAUGCAACUGAUUACUACUGGGAACUGUCGCAACUGAUUAGGCUUAGCAACUUUAGCUACUACAAUGUGUCGGCUGGUGAAACGUCGGUGACGUUGGACGUGGUCAACUGCUGCACCACCGAACCGAACUUCUCGCGGUACCUGGAAGCCUUGCCCAACGACCGGGCUGGGCUGUUGGCGUUUUUGUUCCUGUUUUCGUUUGCGACCGUGUUUGGCAACUCGCUGGUCAUCCUGGCCGUCAUCCGGGAGCGGUACCUGCACACGGCCACCAACUACUUCGUGACCAGCCUGGCCGUGGCCGACUGCCUGGUGGGACUGGUGGUGAUGCCGUUCUCCGCCCUGUACGAAGUGCUGGACAACACGUGGUUCUUUGGCGAGGACUGGUGCGACAUCUGGCGGUCACUGGACGUACUGUUCAGUACGGCGUCCAUCCUGAACCUGUGCGUCAUUUCGCUGGAUCGGUACUGGGCCAUCACGGACCCGUUUUCGUACCCGAUGAAGAUGACCCGGCGGAAGGCCGCGGCUCUCAUCGCCGCCGUCUGGAUCUGUUCCAGCGCCAUCAGCUUCCCGGCAAUCGUUUGGUGGCGGGCCGCCCGGGAAGGCGACAUGCCAGCGUUCAAGUGCACGUUUACCGAACACCUCGGCUACCUGGUGUUCUCUUCCACCAUAUCGUUCUAUCUUCCACUGCUGGUGAUGGUGUUCACCUACUGCCGGAUCUACCGGGCGGCGGCCAUCCAAACGCGCUCGCUCAAACUCGGCACCAAGCAGGUCCUCAUGGCGUCCGGUGAGCUCCAGCUAACGCUGCGGAUACACCGCGGCGGAACGACCCGGGAACGGCCAAACCACCACCGAGAACCACCCCAGCACCACCUUCAGCCAUCCAACCAGCAGGACCACCAACAGCACACGGCAAACUCCACCCCGGAAGAACCGGACGAGGAACCGCUGUCCGCGCUCCAAAACAACGGACUCGGCGGACCGCGCCAUCGAACCCACAUGGGCAAGAACUUCUCCCUCUCGCGGAAGUUGGCCAAAUUCGCCAAGGAAAAGAAGGCGGCCAAAACGCUCGGCAUCGUGAUGGGGGUCUUUAUCGUGUGUUGGUUGCCGUUCUUCGUGGUGAACCUGCUGUCCGGGUUCUGUAUACAGUGCAUCGCCCACGAGGAGAUCGUUUCGGCGGUCGUGACGUGGCUCGGGUGGAUCAACUCCAGCAUGAACCCGGUCAUCUACGCGUGCUGGAGCAGGGACUUUCGGAGGGCCUUCGUGCGGAUACUGUGCGUUUGCUGUCCCCGGAAGAUCCGGCGAAAAUAUCAGCCCACAAUGCGAUCGAAAGCAUCUCAGGUAAGACUUCUUGCGGGAAACUGUACAAUGGGAUACAUCCCCAUCCCCUAAAAGUAUGCAACCCCUUGGAGAGAGUAAAAGAAAAAAAUGAAUCGAGAAAACACGUACACAACAUUAUGCUAACAAACGCAUCGCAACCCGCACAAU